UGGGCAUUGGGCAUUGGUUCAUGCUUCAAAAGUUUCAUGCGGAGAAGUAGAAAAUGGGAAACUCAUUGGCAUGUUUGGUUCCAAAGGAAAUGACAAACUCCAGAAGAAUAAUCACCUCCUCUUCCUCCAUUAACACUACUUCAUCACCUUUCAGCAAAAGAAGCCGUUCAACGAAGAAGAAGAAGCAAGACGGCAUCGUUUUAGACGACGAAGUUGAUUUGCUCCUUAAACAGCAGGCUCUUGCUGCUGCUCUGCUCUUCCAAGAGCACCAGAGGAACGCCGGCGCCGGUGCCGGAGAUCCUCCGGUAAUACCGUUCAUCAACCGGUCAACUUCAGUUGUUUAUCCAUCUCCACAGCCAAAGAAGCAGAGCUUCACUAGGAGUUCUUCAACUUCUAGGCAACGUUCUCGCUCUGAUACUCUCAAUAUCAAUCAUCACCCUGCUCACGAUCAUCAACUCCUUGUUCCUCCUACUCUUCAGGAUUCAAAAAUUGAUGGUCUAGAAACUAAUCAUAUAGUCCUUGUUCAUGGAGGUGGAUUUGGAGCUUGGUGUUGGUAUAAAACUAUGACACUUUUGGAAGAAGGAGGAUUUAAAGUUGAUGCAGUUGACUUAACAGGCUCUGGUGUUCAUUCUUCUGAUACAAACAGCAUUACAAGUCUUGCACAGUAUGUGAAGCCGCUUACUGAUAUCCUCGAGAAAUUAGAGGAUGGGAAGAAGGUAAUUCUAGUGGGACAUGAUUUUGGUGGCGCAUGUCUAUCAUAUGUGAUGGAAUUGUUUCCAUCUAAAAUUGCAAAAUCCAUAUUCAUUGCUGCAACAAUGUUGGCCAGUGGGCAGAGUAUCCUUGAUUUGUUAUCUCAACAGCUAGGAUCGAAUGAUCUGAUGGGACAGGCUCAGAUAUUUUUGUAUGGACAUGGGAAAAAUCAGCCUCCAACUGCUAUUGAUCUUAACAAAGAAUUGGUUAAAGACUUUUUGUUCAAUCAAAGUCCUUCAAAGGACAUUGCAUUGGCAUCAGUAUCAAUGAGGCCUAUCCCUUUUGCACCAGUUACUGAGAAGCUCACUCUUUCCGAAAAGAACUAUGGUUCUGUUCGACGUUUUUACAUAGUAACUCAAGAAGAUCAAGCUAUACCUGUCCCUCUACAAGAGACCAUGAUAAACUCAAAUCCACCGGAGCAGGUUUUCAGAGUAAAAGGCUCUGAUCAUGCACCAUUCUUCUCAAGACCACAAGCUUUGCAUAAAAUAUUAGUAGAAAUUUUUCAGAUUCCUCCUCCAAAUCAAGUUUGAAGAGCCUAGCAAGUUAUUAACAAUUCCUUUUUUAGCAUUAGUCAUAGAAUGAAUUAUUUAUUACAGUAAGCACAAGGAUGUAUAAUAUGUAUGUUUAAGAAAAAGAAAAGGGGGAAAAAAAAAAAAAAAGCAAGGAAAUUAUUGUGUAAGAGGAAAACCAAAGUUAUCCAUUUAGCAGCAAAGCAUCAUGUAAAUUUCUUUUUGGUGUGUUGACUCUCUUUACCUUAUGUUACAAAUUUCAGAAUUAUCAAGUUGUUGAAUGUGAAAAUGAGUCAAAGGCAAAAUCUCUUAAUUGGCCAAGUGUUUCUGCUUCUUGGUUUGAUUACUAGCUUCUCUGUUUGUUUUGUUGAGUUGUGUGGAGUCUAAUUUCCUACUUUUCAGUUUUGUACAUUGUAUCAAUAUCCUAGUAUUCUCUGUGGUUAAAGAACACCAAGCACCAUUUUUUUUUUUUAUGUAGAGAAGAGUGUGGGACUGCUUUAUGGGUGUUGAGUCUGUUGUGAAGGUAUGAGAUUACCUUAUAUUCCUCUUUUGAUUAUGGUGAAAAUUUUGAAGCUGUAAAAUACACAUAGCUCUCACAUUGAAGGUGAACCAAUAUUGAUCC